AACCUCUCAUCUGUACAUAUUGUGCAGAUGGUGGAUGAUGAAAAAUUUUUACAAUUUUCCAUGGACAUAGUGUGUUAUUAUUAGAAGUAAUGGCAUUAUAAUUUGAAAUUGCCGUUGAAAAAUUUCAAGGUUCACUAUCCUUUUUUCUUCAAGUGCUACUGUAUAGUGUAAAUUUUAUAAAAUGUGGCAAGGUUAUGGACAUAAUAAUGCAUCGAUUAUAUGUAUGAAUUUAUCGUAGGACAAAUUAACGUUCGUAAUCAUCAACGUCUUCAAUGAUGUAUGUAUAAUAUAAUAUUGGAUAGUUUUCAAGUGCAUUGGUGAUAACUAGAGGAUUACAAUGGUGGAGGAAAAGCCUUGUAGGACAUGUACUGAUUUCAAGACUUGGGCAAGAUUACAGAAGAAGACAUUUGAAUCGGAAAAGCAAAAUAAAGAUGAUGAGAAGAAAUCAACGGAUAACGGCGCUGCACUAGCAAUUGAAGAACGUAAAAAUUUAAAUUGUCCAUUGGAUAAGGAUGAGUUGGGUUCAGCUACGUGGUCCUUCCUCCAUACCAUGGCGGCUUACUUUCCUGAAAAACCUACCCGCGAGCAGAGUGACGACAUGAGAAUAUUUUUCCAUGUAUUUUCCAAAUUUUACCCGUGUAGCACAUGUGCAGAGGAUUUGAGAAAGCAAUUGGAAAUUACACCACCACAAACCAGAUCCCAGAGUGAUUUGAGUUUAUGGCUCUGCAUGAUUCAUAAUGAAGUGAACAAAAAAUUGGGCAAACCUAUUUUUGAUUGCAAACUCGUGAAUGAACGGUGGAAAGAUGGUUGGUUAGAUGGCUCAUGUGAUUAACACUUUUUUUAACCCUAUCAUACAUUUACAUAAUUAUGACAUUUUCUCGCAAAAUUAUCAUCUUUAUAAAUAAUUUUAUUCCAAAAGGGCUAAAUAAAAGAAGAUUCCAAAAUGUUUGUUAAAUUAACAGUUAAAAACAAUAUUUUAUUUCGAAACGUGAUCCAUUGAUACUAUAAGUAAUCAAUCCGAAAUGGGCCCAUGACAUGUUGUUGAAUUGUCAAUGUGAAAAUUGAAAUGUUAAAAAAAAAGGGAUAUUCAGUGACAAUGUGGAAGAAGAAGAAGAAGAAGAAGUGAUAAAAUACGGGAUUGGGACAAUUGAAUAAUUUCUUGAUUAAUUUAUCGGAUAUCAUUUUGAGUAUGAUUUAUUUUCCAUUUCCUUUUCCUCUCACGUAUUAUGCUAGCAUCGCGAAAAAUUUCCAGACUUUAAGUAAUGAAUUUUUCAUCAUUUCUGCCGGAAAAAGCAGCCGCAGAACUCACUGAACACACGAAAAAUAUUAGAAUUCAAUGAUCGCUUAUAUUUUUUCCUUGCCAAUUAACCAAAAUCAAGUAUGUUCAAUGAAAAAAAAACAUCACUGCAGAGGAUUAACGAGGACAAUAUUGCAAUAUGUACAUAUCCAAAUUAAUGAAUUCAUGUUUCUCUAUUUUUCAUUAUCAAUAAGAAAAAAAUAAUCAAUGAAGUACACGAAAAUUCUGCAGACAAGAUGAAUAGUUUAGAACGUUUCAAGUCUUGCUGACAUUUGUGGUUCUUUCCCUAAAUAAAUCAUGCCCGAUUUCAUGCAAAAAUGAGAAAAAUUUAAUCCCUCUUGAACAUUAUCUUGUUAAAAUGAUUUAAAAAAAAA